AUGGCUGCACACACUGUUCACGAAGAAAUUACCUACCCUACUACACUGCGCACGGACGAUGAUGGAGAUGCUGUAGUGGUUGUGACACAGCCAAUCACAUAUCAGCCCAUGGAUCCGCCGGCCCACCUUACCGCCCUUCCACCAAAGCCCCACCAGACUACCUCUGAUCAGCUUACCAUCGACAACUUAUCAAAACACGACAAGGGUUUCGAUUCUCUCCUCGAUGCCGCCCAAAAGGCUACCAGGGCACUGGGAUUACAGCGAGCAGGGAAAGAGCAGGGCUUCCAUCUCGAGCUUCAACACUACACCAACGAUCGGUUUGACCUC